GAGCAGCGGGAGCUCACCAUGGCCCUGGCGGAGCCCGCGAGCUGUGCCAAAGGCGGCGAGGACAGCAGCCCCUUCCCUGAGAUCAUCGAGCUGAACGUGGGCGGGCAGGUGUACAUCACCCGGCUGCCCACGCUGCUCAGCGUGCCCGGCUCACGCCUCUGGCAGAUGUUCACGCAGCAGAGCACGCGCUCGCUGGCCCGCGACAGCAAGGGCCGCUUCUUCGUGGACCGGGACGGGUUCCUGUUCCGCUACAUCCUGGAUUACAUGAGGGACCAGCAGCUGGUGCUGCCCGAGCACUUCCCGGAGCGUGGCCGCCUGCAGCGCGAGGCCGAGUACUUCAUGCUGCCCGAGCUGGCGAAGCUGCUGGUGCCCAAGCUCAGCGAGCAGAACUCGCUGGGGGACGAUCCGUGCCAGAGCGACCCCGAGGAGCCGUCCCCGGGCGCGGACGCCGCACGCAGCCUGGGCUCGGCCGCUGCCACCGCUCUGCCCAGCGUGGGCACCGAGGGCCGCAGGGCAGGGUUCAUCACCAUCGGCUACCGCGGCUCCUACACGCUGGGCAGGGACAGCCAGACGGACGCCAAGUUCCGCAGGGUAGCCCGGAUCAUGGUGUGCGGCAAGACCUCGCUGGCCAAGGAGGUCUUUGGGGACACCUUGAACGAGAGCAGGGACCCGGACAGGCCCCCGGAGAGGUACACGUCCAGGUACUACCUCAAAUUCACCUUCCUGGAGCAAGCCUUUGACAAACUGGCCGAUGCCGGCUUCCACAUGGUGGCCUGCAACUCCACGGGCACCUGUGCCUUCGCCCACGAGCAGACGGACGACAGGAUCUGGACCUCUUACACCGAAUAUGUUUUCUAUCGUGAGUGACACAAAACCAACCCUCCGCCAACCAACCGCUGACUGUCCCUUUCCUGUCCCAUGCUGGCUGUGGCCUAGAAGGUAGAGAUCCAUCCCCGAAUCCCGGCGUCCUCCCUUUGCCUCCUUUUCAGUUGGUUCUUGGGUUUUUUCCCUCCUCCUUGCUCCACGUUGAACCUGCCCGGCUCUUCCUUGUAGCAGCUGCUGACCACCAACCUUCCUCCCUCUCCGUGACCUCUGCAGUCGCUCCCAACCCUCCCUGGAUGUGCGGACUCGGACACUGCUGUGGA